UGCAAAUCACUUGCUAUUAGCUAGGUGAAAGUAGUCCUAAUUUACUGUAUAAUUAUUUUUCUUGCUAAUAGUUUUGCUAAUAGAUUUCUUAGAGUAAAAUGUCUGCCCAGCCUGAGCCUCCGGAGCAGGAGGACUUUGAUAAAUUCUUCACCGUGUUUGACGGCUCUUCUCCGGAGGAUGUGUCCCACGCCCGGCAGCUGUGGCGCUCUCUGUCCCUCCUGCCGCCGCAGGAAUCCCGGCUGGUGUCCGCAGACAUCCGUCAGAGACUACCGGUGUCCCGGCCGCAGCGCAGCAGCAGCAGCGGUCCCAAAUUGUCCGCCCCGGAGCCGCCGAGUGUCCAUGCUCUCCGGCAGAGACGGGAGGAGAGGCAGCGGUACGUGGCCAUGGCCGAUCAGAGGAGGGAGAUCCUGGCUCUGCUGAAGAGGCAGAGGGAGCAGAGGAUCCAGAGGGAGCUGCUCUCCGUGGACUUUAAACCCAAGGUGAAGCUCGGCCGAGACAAAGUGGAUGAAAAAUCCCCAGAGUCUGAGAUGGACGAGGAGCUGGUGAGGCAGCUACAGUAAAAACACCGCAAUAAAGUGACAAUGUUGAUUCAAAAAGGUGGUGUAAAGGCUUUUUAUAACAGU